UACGAAAAAAAAAAAACGCCGGUUAUGCGCCAUUUUCUUCCGGGAAUUCACCGGGAAGAGAUUCAUUCAUUCGUAGUGCGACUGAUCUCCGACGAUUACGGAGCGGGCAAUGUCGGAUUUGUGUAGCAGAUGUUCCUUUUUUAAUUCCACAUUUGGUGACGUAUCUGCUGGCUGAAAAUUGAAACUUGAAAGGCCAUGAUGGCGGGACACGCCGGCGUGUUCGAUUUGGAGUUAUGUGAGCAUGAUGAGAAGGGCAACGAGCUCCUGAGUGACAGCGAUGACAUGCACGAAGAGGGUGCGGAGGGUGACAGCUAUCUCAGUGUUGGGUCUGAAGGAGCUUAUGAGUCAAUUGAAGUUGAAGAGGUAUCUCUUUCAGAGGAGACUGUGAAUCCAGGAAGAGAGAAAGUUGGACCAGAAGAUUUCCAGCUUCUUAAAGUACUAGGGAAGGGAGGCUACGGCAAGGUUUUCCAGGUUCGGAAAACGACGGGUAAAGACUCAGGGAAAAUAUUUGCAAUGAAAGUUUUAAAGAAGGCAAAGAUUGUGAGGAACCAGAAGGAUACGGCUCACACCAAGGCUGAGCGUAACAUUCUUGAGGCUGUGCAGCAUCCAUUUAUUGUUAACCUUCACUAUGCCUUCCAGACGGGCGGAAAGUUGUACCUCAUCCUAGCCUAUCUCAGUGGAGGAGAAUUAUUUAUGCAUCUAGAGAGAGAAGGAAUAUUUAUGGAAGAUACAGCAUGUUUUUAUCUAUCAGAGAUAGUUUUAGCAUUAGAGCAUCUACACAAACUAGGUAUCAUCUACAGAGAUUUAAAACCAGAGAAUAUUAUGCUUAAUAAACAAGGUCAUGUUGUGUUAACAGACUUUGGUCUGUGUAAGGAAUCUUUAGAAGAAGGGUCUAUGACACAUACCUUCUGUGGCACAAUAGAAUAUAUGGCUCCUGAGAUUGUAAGUCGGAGUGGACAUGGUAAAGACGUCGACUGGUGGAGUCUAGGGGCACUUAUGUAUGACAUGCUCACUGGAGGACCUCCAUUCACAGCAGAGAACAGAAAGAAAACCAUUGAGAAAAUUCUAAAAGGAAAACUCAAUCUACCUCCUUACCUCACACAUGAAGCCAGAGAUCUUGUUAGAAAGUUACUGAAGAGGCAUGUUUCGUCAAGGCUAGGCAGCGGUGUAGACGAUGCAACCAGAAUCAAAACACAUUUUUUCUUCAGAAAUGUCAGAUGGGAUGAUAUCCUAGCAAGGAAGGCAGAACCUCCUAUUACUCCUGCUGUGGUAAAUGAGGAAGAUGUGAGUCAAUUUGACUCCAAGUUUACCAAGCAGACACCAGUAGAUAGUCCCGAUGAUUCUAUGCUUAGUGAAAGUGCCAAUCAGAUCUUCCUAGGUUUCACCUAUGUAGCGCCCUCUGUGUUGGAGAGCAUGCAUCAGAAAGUCCAUCAUUUUACCAAAGUGCGGUCACCUCGUAAGAUUCCUGGGAGUAUAAGUCCUAGGUCUGCAAUCAGUCCUGCCAAGACACCUCAGACUCAAUUUGCCUUUGAUGAAGAUCUAUUGUCCAAGCCUUCUUCCAGCCACACUGCUGCUUCAGCUCAUCACAUCCAACCGAUAGAGGAAGCCAUGGACACCAGUGAUGCUUCUAACGCUACCGCAACGGCAACAUCAGGAUAUAGAUGAGGAGGAGUUGGGUAGAUAGGGAAAUUAGCUAGUGUAUAUCAUGAUUAGAUAGGCAGAAAUAAACUUUGAUCAAGGUUUGGACUGUGCCUUUUGGACGAUGAUCACCCAUGCAGAUCCUACGGUCAGUUGCCACUUGGGCUGCACGCAUCGUGUCUACUUCUAUUUGGUCUCAUCCUACGUAUACUAAUUCUGGUUUGUCUACAAAGAGUUCUUAUCAUAACCAUUUAACCUAAUUGCCACUUAGUGCAUGUAUCAUUUUAUCCAGUUUUCCAUUGAAACUAUACCAAUUUUGUCUAAUAUCCACUUGGUCCAACACUACUUAAUCAAUAAUGAUUAUAUGAGCUGUUAAAUAUUUGUAUGAUUAAGUAUGAAAAAUUGAAUAGAUGAAGUGGAAAUCAGACAAUCUGGGUCUUUGUCCAAGUGAAUUUAAAAUAAGUGAUGAUUGGACCAAGUGGCAAUUGGAUCAGAUUAAUACUAGACCAAGUGGGUUAAAACAUGAUAGCAUUAGACCGUCUGAUAAUGAGGCCAUCUGAUAAUAGACAAAGUGAUUACAAAGAGAAUGCUACAAACAAUAGCGUCGGCAUAACGUCAAGCAUAAAUUGGGCAGCCCUGCUUAUCAAAAUGUUUUCUGCUAUACUAAAUACACUUUUGUUAUGUGCCAUUAGGUCAAUUCUGGAUGAUUUUCCUCCUGUUUGUAUUAAUCCUACGUGGCAUCCCUUCUAAUGAAGCGAUCACCAACCGUUCACCAGUUGAUUCCUGCAUUGUGUCAUUCCUGUAGACUUUGGGAUUACCUGAUUCCAGGUAGCAAAAAAAAAUUGCCAAUCUGCGAGAAUGGGAAGUUAUUGAAUACGCAAGUUAUGAUUAGAACAAUGAUUAGAACAUCUCGGUUAUGACCGACUGUGCAGGAGGAUUCAAUUCAAAGACAAUCUAUACGCCACUCCAUAAAUCAGUGCCAGAAAUUGAUUAUCAAUGAUUAUGCUGAGGAUGGUUAAGAUGAUGAAGACCUGGAAACAGUCGUUGAUGCUUAUCCACUCAUUCAUUUCAUCUCUUGAUAAAAUAUUUCUCUUAAAAGUAUGUUCUUAGAUAUCAAGUAUUUGGUGGUGUACUUGAAACGGUUAAUUUUAUACACCAUCAGACAUAUUACCCUGUUACAUGAGCUGCUGUGAUGCAUAGAUUGUUAGUUCAGAGUUGGUCUUGCAAUAUAUUUUAAGUAUUUGAAAUGUCAUCAAGUAUGAUAAUUUAUGGCUUGUUGGAUAGUUUUGAGAUAGGGGUGCAAUUACUGAGGGAGAUUCAAGAAAUGGGCGAUAGCAUUUGUAAUAACACUAAAUCAUACUGUUGAAAACAGGUAAAAUGAAAGGAGGCAAAAUAUUUUACUGUUGUAUGCUCUCUGUAGAGUCUGCACUAUUCAUAAUCCUCUCCCUGUAUGAUUGGUAUGCUAUUUUUCAUUUCUUUUUAAAUUAAUUGGAGAAUAUGAAAAAAAAAAUUAUAUGCCCAAAUAAUUAAACUUGCAAUGAAGGCAAGCAUAAUGUCUGAGCAAGCUAAUCUUCUUCAAUUGAUGUGAUAUUGCUAAAUGCUUUCUCUAAGGCCUUGAUAAAGAACAUCUCAUUUGGAAUAGCAGAAAAAAAAAAUUUGUCAAAGGAGGUGAUAAAACCUGUAGUUAAUUGUAUCGCUAAGCUUUGUGUUACAGGAUCAGAUAAUUGCGAUGCCUCUGCAAUGAAUGCUCCAGUCGAGCCCGUACAUGACUGCUUCUCGUCGUUGCAUAACCCAUUUCAGUCAAAUACUUUGAAGUCUCCUCUCUUUUGUUGUUUUAUUUCUGUGUGCUCUUUUUUAAUCCAUUGGUUUAAUUUUUGUCAAUGGCUAUAUUAAAAAGUGUAGUGGUUUCCUGGUACACCAUGUAACCAAGAACACUUGUCUUCUUUGCCAUGGAAACCUUCAGAAGUUAUAUUCAAGUGAACACUUAUCAUACUACAAUUGCAGUUUUUCUAUGGCAUAGUCUGAACGCAUUUGUGUUCCGCCAAAUUUUUAUGUCUGAAAGAAAUAUUUGAGUUUAAAUUGCAAAAGUAAAAGACUGAAGAAAGUGCGUUUCAUUAAUUGUUCCGCAAAUAAGCUGUAAAUGUAAAGCAGUUUUAUGGAUAUAUGCUCCAUUUUGGUGGCAUAUAUGAAUGAAAGUCAGUUAGAUUUUAUGAUAACCUUUGCCUCCUUUGCUUUGAUUUUUACCAAUAUGACCCUUGACAAAAUGCAGCAAUAUUACUGUAAUAUUGUGAUAAGCGCCAAAAUUUUGCAGGGGAUCUUGCGGAUGUUUUGCACCGUCACUCAAAGUGUAUGACUAUGUUAUAUUCUUACGCAAAAGUCUUUGAUGUUUGAUGAUGAAUAUUGCUCUGCCUUUUGUACAGGAGAGAUGCAUAGGCUGUAUUGUAAUUAAGCAUCCUAGUUGAGGCCUGUUCAUGUAAUGCCCUGGUAAAAUACCACGAUAUUGCAUUAUUUUGAGGCGUAUAUGAACAGGGGUUUCGGAAAGUUCUUACUGAUGUGUGUUGAUAAUAUUUGUACUUGUAGAUGAUGGACACGAUAGAAGACUACUUUGAUAUUGCAGUUUGAGUGUACAGUGUAGUUAAAUAUAUUUAUGCUUCCUAUUGUACACUUCUGGGGGGUGUUUCACAAAGAUUUAAGUAUGACUUAGAGUCACGCUUAAAUGUCUGUUUGCGUGCGGUAUGAAAGCCAUGACUGCAUUGGUCAGAUCAUGCGAAUAGGACACGCACUACCGCGUAUUGAUCAAUAAGAUUGUGCGUUACAUAUCUUGUACGUGUCGGCAUUUAAGUGCAACUUAAGUCAUACUUAAAUCUUUGUGGAAACCCUCCCCCCACUGGUUGUAUGAAUUUCAUUUGAAAGAGAGACAUGACACAUCAUUUUAAAUGCAGUGAAAAUGAAGCGAAUUCUGGUGGGUGUUUAAUAAAGUUGUUUGUAACUUACAAGCAACUGGUUACCAUUUCUAAGGUACUGAAUCAACACAAAUAAAAGUCUAGGGCCUCGUUUCAUGAAACUUGUUACAAUGAAACUUGUUACAAUAACAAAGUUGUGAUAACAGUUAAAGGCUACUAAAAUCCUCCAAACUGAUUGGCUAAUUGAAAAUUUGAUAUAGAAACUGUUCAUUUGUUACUAUAACAAGUCUUUAUGAAACAGAAACCUGGGGGUGUUUCACAGAGAUUUAAGUAUGACUUUAGUCGCACGUAAAUGCCGAUGCAUACGUGAUAUGCACCACGCAAUCUUAUUGAUCAAUACGCAUUAGUGUUCCUCUUGGCAUGAUCUGACCAAUGCGGUCGUGCCUUUUAUAACGUGCGCAACUAGACAUCUAAGUGCGACUCUAAGUCAUGCUUAAAUCUUUGUGAACCCCCCCCCAGGUGUAAAUAAUUUAUCACACGAAAGGGUCACCAGUCAUUUGUAAAGUUGCUCGCAACACAAAAAUAGGUUAAUGAAACACCCACCUGAUUGCCCUGCCAAACAAAUACUGAUAUUGUAUUUUUAGCAGUGGAUUGAUUGUGGAGAGAAUUUAUCUUAUCUUAAUAUUCAAAAUGACAUUUUUUUUAUAAUACUUUGUAUACCCCUACCACUCCUACCUACCUUCUUUCUAUUAUAUUCUUUGUUUCCCAUUCAUAAUAAUCUUUGUUUCCCAUAUAUAAUAUUCUUUGUUUCCCAUACAUAAUAUUCUUUUCCCUCUCUUUCUCUUUGUUUCUCUUUUCUCUUUCUUUGAGUAAUCAUUGUUUCAUCUUCAACUUUAUUUUUUUUCUGUCUCUAUCAUCUUUCCCAAAUAUAUCUCUCAUGGACUAUUUUCAAGCUGUAGUAUCUCCAAAGGUAGCGUCAAACAUCUUAAUAGAAUGUUGAGACAUUAAACAGAUCUGAAAUUAGUAGCUAGUAAUUUUCAAGCAUGUACUCAAUAUUGCUCAAACUGUAGCAUGACAUUGACAUGAAUAAUGUAAAUCUAUGCAUAACUUUCAUAAAUAUAUUAAAAACUAAGUUAUAUUUAAAUUAUUCUGUGACGUAUUGAAUGCAUUGUAGAAAAUUGAGAGCUGUGAGUGAUUUGAUAAUUCACAAGCGUUGAAGUCAGGUAUGCUAAUUAUGAAAUUAUACAGUGAUAUUUUACCAUUCUGAGACAUUGAUACAUGUAUAUAUAUAAACAUUCAUUCACAAUUAUACAUACACAUGCACACACAUACCCUUAAAUUCCUUCCCAAGAUCUAGUUGAUUUGAAUGAAGAUAAGUACAAUAAAACAAAACCAAAUGGUAAAAAUUGCAUAGGAAGGUGAUGAAACACAACAUGCCAGACAUAUUUUUUAAUGUGUUGGGUACUACAUUGCUAUUGUAAUGGCAUAUUAUGGUAAUAAUUCAGGGGUAAAUCUUGUACAGCAAACUACUUCUUCAGUUUUGACCCAAUGCCUGAGAGACGUGGUGUACACAUUGGUCUUUGAGUGAGCUUGUCAGAAAAAUGUGUUUCUAUGGCUAUGACAUGGUGUUGCCAUGGAAAUUAUAUGACAUCAGGAUAUAUCUUCUUCAUGUGUGUAGUCGUUAUUACAGGGCAAUGAAUUAACCACCUUCAUUGAUAUUUCUAGUUUUAUUAAACAAAUCAACUUGAUCUUGAGAUGGAUCUUAAAUGCCAUACAAAAUGAACAUCCACAGUGUGUGAAAUGAGAAAUACAUGUAUGUUCUUUAAUUAAAGAUGUGAUUUAUUAUUAGCGUAUACUUGGAUUAAUUGUACACAGUUUUACUUUCUUCUAUGUUAUAUUAUAUUGUAGUAGCAGUUGAGGGAAUCUAUUUUUGUCAUAUUUUAGUUUAUUUGUAUAAAGAAAAGUUAGCAAUUGUGUCCAGGUUUUGUAUGCUGAAGCAAUCUAUUGACAAUUGGUGAUUUAAAAGUAGGUGUGGACAGCUGGUGUUUAGCUGAUUUUUACACCAGAACCAAACUUGAUGAAAGAUUUGGGCUGAGGCUGAUCUCACAAGGUGUUGAGUUCUCUUUAAUUGAUUUGAUGUGUUGGAGCUAGAUUAGGCAGCCUGAUUGAUUUUCUCUACACCUACACCAACACCAAACCCAUUUGAGGUGUUAGAGCUAGAUUAGGCAGCCUGAUUGAUUUUCUCUACACCUACACCAACACCAAACCCAUAUGAGGUGUUGGAGCUAGAUUAGGCAGCCUGAUUGAUUUUCUCUACACCUACACCAACACCAAACCCAUAUGAGGUGUUGGAGCUAGAUUAGGCAGCCUGAUUGAUUUUCUCUACACCUACACCAACACCAAACCCAUAUGAGGUGUUGGAGCUAGAUCAGGCAGCCUGAUUUAUUUUCUCUACAUCAACACGAAACCCAUGUGAGGUGUUGGAGCUACAUUAGGUAUCCUGAUUGAUUUUUCUUUUCACAACACCAAACCCAAAUGAGGUGUUGGAGUUAGAUUAGGCAGCCUGAUUGAUUUUCUUUUCACCAACACCAAACCCAUAUAAGGUGUUAGAGCUAGAUUAGGCAGCCUGAUUGAUUUUCUCUACACCUACACCAAUACCUAACCCGUAUGAGGUGUUUUCCUCGAUUUUGAUUGGCUGAGAAGCAGUGUUACUGUGGUAACUUUCGAAUCAAAUGGAAUUUGCGAGAAAUACUUCUGACAAGUCCAACACCUUGAGGACUAAGCUCAACCCAAAUACAGUUUUAACUCUGUUAAAUGUGGUCUAUCAUAUAAAAACAUCUUAUUGUUUAGGUUUACCUUUGUAAAAUUUUUUGUUUAAUCCAAGAAUGUGCAUUCUAUCAUAUUGAACAAGUUUCCAAGGUUAUAUAUGCAGUAUGGCAUUCGUUCGGAGUGUACAAUGUAACAAAAACAUGGAAAUAUGGUAAUAUUAAUCUACAUUGACAGCCCAAUAGACAAUAUUGGAUACAUGAUCACAUCUCACAAUAGUGCAAAAAAUAUAUACAUAUUUUUUAAUUUGUAGGUUUUGUGUGUUUCAAGUGACGGAGUCAACAAAAGUUACGAGGCUGCUUGGGAAAGUUUUCUCCCAAAGUCUUUGUACAAGUGAUUGUCCAGAGGCCGAGGCUGGCAAAAGACGGCCUUGAUGCCGGCCUUAAUAGAAAACAAACCCACAUCUAUGUAGAUGUGCUUGUGUUACGAUGGUGAGACAUAACAUGAAAUAUGAUAGGAUUU